AUGUUUUUUAUGUGGUUAUAUAAAUAUAGGGUGUACAUAUAUAUCAUAUUUUUUGUACUUGUUGAAAAUACGAUGAGUAUGAAAAAGAAUUUGAUGUUCACAUGUUUUAAUAAAAAAAAGUUUAUAUAUGUAAAGAAGAAUGUAUUAUUUUUGAAUAAUAAAUAUAUAAGUAAUUUGGUAUAUACCAAGGAAGAUGAUAUAUAUAAAAUUAAUGAGAUAAGUAAUGUUAUAGGAAGAAAUAGAAAGAAAAAAAAUAUAAUAAUAAAUAAUGAUGAGGAUAAUGAUAAUAUUGAUAGUAAGAAUAAUGAACUGGGUGAUAAUAUAAUAUCAUCGAAUAGAUAUAUUAAUAAUUUAUUUUUUACAAAUAAUAAAAAUACAUCACUGGAAAUUAGAAAUAAUAAUAAUGAAAAUGGUGGUGAUGAUAACAAUAAUAACAAUAAUAAUAAUAAUAUAUUAGAUGUAUCAUAUAAUCAUGAUAAAUAUAAUAUGUCUGAUAACGAAUUACAAUUAUAUAAAAAUAAAUGUAAAAUUCCGCUUUAUUGGAUUAAAAAAUUAGAUAACUUAAAAAAUAUGAAUGCUAUAAAUUGUAUAGAAUAUUUGAAAGAUGAUAAUUUGUUAUAUUUUGAUAAUUAUAAGAACAAAGGAUUAUUAAAAUUUCUAAAUGAUGAAAAGAGAAAAUAUAAUAAUUGUAUAAUUUUGUCAAGAGUAGGUGAUUUUUAUGAAACAUAUGGCCUGGAUUCUAUAUUCCUAAUUGAAUUUUUAAACAUAAAAAAAAUGAAUAAUAGAUUAUCAUGUGGUUUUAUCAAAAGCAGUAUAAAUAAAGCUUUAAAUAUAUUAACUAACAAUAAUUUAAAUGUAUGUAUAUAUGAAGAAAUAAAUGAAAAGUCUUUAAAAAUGAAAAAGAGAUAUUUAUCUCAAAUUGUAACACCUGAAUUUCCUAUAUAUUUAAAUAAUAUACAAUACUAUAAUAAGGAUGAAGAUAUACUACAAAAUGGCAACAACAACAACAACAACAAUAAUAAUAAUAAUAAUAAUAAUAAUAAUAAUAAUAAUUAUGUUAAUAGUUAUAAUAACAUGGAUAAAUGUUUAGAUAAUGGAAAUAUGAAUGCACUAUCCUUUUUUAGUUCUUAUGAUUUAGAUGAUUAUUUUGUUAUAAAAGAAAUUGUUUGCAUAUAUAUAGAAAGCAAAAAUAUUUUUUCAUUAAGUAAAAUUAAUUUAAGCUUAAAAACUAUAUCUAUAUAUGAUAAUAUAACAUUUGAUGUUUUAAAUGUAUAUUUGAAAAAUACGAAUUUUUUGAAGGUAUAUAUACAUCAACAUACGAAUACAUCAUUUACCAAAAAAAUCACAGAGUUAUUCAAAAUAGAAAAUUAUUAUUUGUUUAAUAAUUUCAAGUCAAGUUUUUAUUUUCAUAUGUUUAUAUUAGACAAGCUAAAAAAACAAAUACACGUAAAGGGGUUAUUCAGAUUGAUAAAGAAUAAGAAUGUGUUCAAAAUUGAAUCAGCCGAUUGUAAGAAGGAGGAGAAAACAAUUGAUUCGAAUAUUAGUGAUUCUAUGAAUUAUAAGGAGAAUAAUAAAAUUAGUCAUAGACAUAUAAAUAAUGUAAAUAAUAAUAUUGAAGAUAAUGAAAAUGUAGAAAUAAAUAAAAAUGUGGAAGAUAAUAAUAUUGAGAAAAUUAAAAAUAAAAACAUUAUAGAUAAUAAUUUUGAAUAUUCUUUUUCAUCAUAUUGUACACCUUUAAAUAUAUUUACUAGUUAUAAUAUGGGUAUAUAUAAACAGAAUAAUCAUUAUGAAAAUAAAAGUAAUUUUUUAUUUUAUAAUAUUAUAGAUAUAAAUAAUAAUAAUUCAAAUAGUAUAAAUAUAUCAGAAUCAUUAGAAUUUUUUAAAAAUAUUUUUCUUUUUUAUCCACCUUUUGAAGUAACAAAACAUAUAAGAUAUAUAAAUGAAUAUAUUAAAAACAAUAUGAAAGAUUUAAUCAUACCGAAUGUAAAACCAUUUAAGAAUAAUAUUAUUAUAUCUCUUUUAUCAAAUUUAAAAGCCGAUCAUCACAUAUUAAAAAAAAUAUUAGUAAAUAUAGAUGCUGUACUAAAUUGUAUUAGAAAUUAUGAUUUCUCACUUUUAGUAUCAAUAUUUAAUGUAUUAAAUCAUCAGAAUUCUUUUAAAUUAAAUAUUAUAAAAUUUUAUGAAUUGUUAAUGAAUAUUCAAAAAAUUAUGAAAGACAAUUUGGAUUUAGGUUUAUUUUCUAAAUUCUCUUAUCAGUCAGAUAUUCAAGCUUUUAAUGAUUUUGUUAUAUAUCAUGAAAUCGAUGUACAUAAUAUAAUUAAUGAAAAACUUAUAAUUGAAGAAAAUAAAGAAUUAGAAAAAUCCAGAACAGAUUUAUUGAAUACAAUUAUAUCAAAUUAUUCAGAAUAUGAUAAAACAAAAAAUGCAUAUAAAGAUAUUAAUUUAUUAAACAAAAUAAUAAAAAUUGAUAAUGCUAAUGAUAUUAUAGGUAUACGAAAAAAUAUACCAAAAAAAAAAAACAAAAAUGAACAAAUUUCAGAUUUUUUUCAUCCAUUAAACAAAAAAUCAGACGUUAUGAAAAAUUUAUAUGUAACUCAAGAUGUACAAAAUAAGAUUAAAACUUACUUAUUCUCAAUUUAUAAAAAAAAAAAAAAAAUAAAUCAAAUUAUUCACAAUAUAAAUAUACAAUUGUCUUCCUCAGUGCACAUACUUUCAUUUGUAUCUAACUUCUUGCAGAUAAUUCAGGCUCUAUACAACCAUACCAUUAACAGUCUCAAGAAAGGAUGGUCGCUACCAAUAUGUAAACACCUACAUUUAUCAUAUGAAAAUGUGAGCUUCAAUAACAUCGACCAUAAGUUAGCUUAUAUACAAAAAAAAGUGUACGAUGACAAAGACGAAAUAAAAGAGUAUACAUUAACAAAGAAUGUAAAUGAAAAUGCUCCUUCUGAUUAUUUUAUAAAUGAUCAAAAGAAUACCAAUGAAUUUGUAAAAUUAUCGCCAUGUGAUGAAAAGAAAAUUUUAGAAAACGUAGACAAAGAUUCAGUAGAAGAAAUAAAAAAAAUGUAUAAAGAAAAAAAUUACGUUAACGAUUCAAUAACAUAUAUAAUAGGAGCCAAACCUUAUAAUAUAAUAAAACAUAAUUUAAUUAAAUAUGAUUUUUUUUUAAAAAAGAAAAAUUUUAUUUUAUUGACUGGAAAAAAUAUGAGUGGAAAAACUACAUUGUCUUUUACAAUUUUGAGUAUAUUAUUUUUGUCCAAUUUGGGUAUGUAUGCACCGUGUGAUGAAAACAGCAUUAUAGGAAAGUUUCGAGAAUUUUAUAGUUUGAAAAAUGUAAACUAUCAAGAGCAAAUUGAAAAUAUGUCCUUAUUUAGGGAACAAGCUUAUUAUAUCAAUUCUAUUAUAGAAGAAAUAAAAGAAAAUUAUUCUGUUGAUAAAAGACCAACAAGAGAAAAGGAAAUUUUUAUUGUCCUCGAUGAACCAUGUAUAGCAACCACACCGGUUGAUAAUGCAAUUAUUAUAAGCGCUGUUUCAGAUUACCUGAAAAAUUAUUGUGGAAUUAUAAUUACACAUAACUACGAUUUAUUAAACAAAAUAUGCCAGAGCGAAAACAUGGUUUUUAAAAGAAUUAGUAAAGAUAUUAACUACCUGAAAGAACAAGAUAAUAAAAUAGUUGGUAAAUUAGAAGACGGUAUUUGUAAAAACAGUGAAGCCUUAGAAACAUGUAGAUAUACAAAUAUCGAUCCACAUGUUUUAAAUUUAUUAAAUGUAUAUGAAAAAAAAUAUAAGUUUAUUCAUAAUUUAAGUAAUACACUAUAUACCAAAUUUUUAGAAUAUAUUCAAUAUAGAAAAGAUGGGAAGUGUCUCAAUGACUUUUUUGAUCAAUAUAUAAAUGAUAUAAUAAAACAAAAGUAUGAUAAACAUGAAAUACAAUAUAAUACCCCUAGGAAUAUGGAAAAUAAUUAUAAUAGUUAUAUUUCAAGUGAUCAAAAGAAUUAUAUAUCAGAAAAUCACAAAUAUGAUUAUAAUUAUGAUAUGGAUUACAUAAAAGAUAAAGAAUUAAAAAAUAUAAUAAAUUCUAAUAAUAAUAUACAAGAAUUUUUAAACAAUUAUGAUAAGACAAGAAUACAUAAUGAUAAUCCAACUAAUAAUAAACUAGAUCCAUAUGAUAACUCAAUAGUUUAUGAUGAUAAACUAAAUGUUAUAAUUAAAAAAAUUGAAGAAGCGUCAAAUAAGAAGGUUAUAAAAAUAGGAAUGAAUGAAGAAGUACCUAUUUAUUAUAAAAAUAAAAGUAUUGUAUAUAUUUUAUGUAUUUUUUCAAAAGAUGAAAAUGAUCCAUAUUUUUAUAUAGGUAUAAGUGAUAAUAUAUCAGAAAGGAUAAAAUGUCAUACAAGAAAUUUAUUAAAUAAUAAAAAUCUUUUAAAAAAUCCAAAGAAAAAUAAUCUAUUAAAUUAUAAAUAUGAUUGGACUAAAUUCUAUAUUUUACUUUUUCAUGUUGAUAAUAAAAUGGUUGCAUCGAAAUAUGAAAAGGAGCUUUCGAAUUUGUUGAAGAAUAAUUAUAACAUAUUAUCUAAAUAA